CCUCCUCCCCACUCCCCACCACCACCUCCUCCUCCCCUUCCACCCCCCUCCCCACCACCUCCUCCACCACCUCCUCCUCCACCACCACCUCCCCCCUCCACCCCUCCUCCACCACCUCCUUCACCACCACCUCCUCCACCCCCUCCAACUCCUCCCCCCCCUCCCCAACCACCUCCCCAAAAAAACCACCUCCUCCUUCACCACUCCCCAUCACCUCCUCCUCCACCACCACCUCCCCCCUCCCCACCACCACCCCCCCCUCCUCCACCCCCUCCUCCUCACCCCCCCACCUCCCCACCUCCUCCCCACCCCUCCACACCACCCCUCCCCCCUCCACCACCACCUCCCCUCCCCCCCCUCCCCUCCCCACCCCCACCUCCCCCCCCCUCCCCACCUCCCCCCACCCCUCCUCCACCAACUCCCCCACCACCACCUCCUCCACCACCACCUCCUCCCUACCACCCCUCCUCCUCACCCCUCCUCCCCCACCACCCCUCCACCACCUCCUCCUCCACCCCCCCUCCACCACCUCCUCCACCACCACCACCUCCCUCCCCACCUCCUCCACCCCCCCCUCCUCCUCCACCACCUCUUUUCCCCACCCCCCCUCCUCCCCCACCCCCUCCACCACCACCUCCUCCACCAAAACCCCCCCACCCCAUCCCACCUUCCCCCCACCAACCCCCCCCUCCUCCACCACCCCCUCCACCUCCUCCUCCACCACCUCCCCACCCCUCCUCCCACAAACCCUCCCCACCACCUCCUCCACCCCCUCCUCCACCCCCUCCUUCACCCCCUCCACCCCCCCUCCCCCCCCCACCUUCCACCCCACCUCCUCCACCACCUCCUCUUUCCCCCACCCCUCCACCACCUCCCCACCACCCCUCCUCCACCACCUCCCCACCUCCUCCUCCCCACCUUUUCCCACCCCCUCCUCCACCACCCCCCCCCUCCAUUAAACCUCCCUUUCCUCCCACCCCCUCC